AUGUCGGAGGGGGACCAGUUCGUCGAGACGUUUCGGCGGUUGAGUCUCCGAGGAAGUCGAGCUGCUGCAGCUAGGACGGAAGGAACGGGCACCGAGAGGACACGUCGCUCUUCGACACCUAUCGUAAACCCAUUUGACCGCCGACCUAGCCAGAGCAGCAUCCCGCAAGCGUCUCCGGCAAAGAGCGAUGUGACGAUGGAGGACGUGAGUGGUGAUUUCGGGCCGAUUAUGAAUGCUCCGGCGCUGCCCAAGCCGCCUCGUUACAAGGGGAGCUCCAUGCAGGAGCGUCGCGACUUUUUACGGGCACGGAGCACAAUCGCCCGUUCGUCCCAACCCGUGGGUUCGUGUAUCGAGCAGGGCACGAAAGAGCUCAUUGCGCGGUUCACCUUCGCCAAAGACUGGCAAGAUGUGACCGAAGAUGAGUGGGUGGAGUAUUUUCUGCAGUCGAAGCAGACAGCGUUUGAAGAUUAUGCUGCGUUGGACGCCGACAUGCAGAAGUUGUCAAUGGAUACUAAGUUAGCGGAGGCUGAGUCCCGUGUCAACCGGCUGCAAGCUAAUUUGUACAAGAUACUGGAGGACCACAAUAUGGUGGACAUCAUGUUUGAACGUGAACAGAAGAAAUUGUCAAGUAUUUGGUCGCAGCUCUCGCCCCAGCGUCGUUCAAGAGCGAGGUCCAGCGUCGGAUUGACCAAGAGCAGAACAAGAAGUACAAAUCGAAUGUCAUCGAGUUUUCGCGGUGGCUUACUUCACGUUUGGCUUCAUUCAUGCGCGGCUGCUGCUCCGUUCAAGACGCCCCCGCAGCGACAGGAGCUCACGGCCAAGCCAGAGUCCGCCACAGGGACCCAAGCGUCGAAGAAGCUGUUUCGUUGGCCGUGUCUAAAGUGCCAGUCUAGGGAGCACAGAGUGAGGGAUUGCCCUCAGGUGCAGCCGGGAGACGCCAAACGCCUUUUUGGUGAAUUUUACGCGGCUCGGCAACGUGAACCGAAGGAGUCAAAGCCGCCGCCGGCUGCAAUGAAACGAUUGCCAACAGCGGAUGACCGUACGGAUGGGUCGGAUGCGGCGACGGAGCACGCAGAGAGAAAGGGUGUUGGUGAUCAUGGAACCGUGGACGCAACAGUGCUGGGGUUGACUGUGAAGGUGUCACUUUUGGACUCAGGCGCAGAUGCUUCCUCUGUUUCGCAGGGAUUUGUCUCUGAAUUACACAAGCAAGGCUGUUACACGCCCCAGGAAUUUGAACCUUUUGGUCCGGGCACCGUGAAGUUGUACGAACAAGAUAACUUCGAUAAGGUAGUUCUGCACACAUCAGCUGGGCCGCUCGUGUUGCGCAACUUAGAGUGCUGGAUUGACGAAUCGGACCUCACGAUGUCGUUGACAGUAGGUCGAUCGGUGAUGGUGGCGUUGGGGUACUCUACGGACGGUCUACUGGUUUCGGCACUCGAGAAGCAGCUGGAGUAUGUGCUUCCUACGGGUAACAAUGUCUCCGAGUCACCACUGAUGAGAGCUCAGCAGCUGCGCGAGAUUGCUUGCUUCGAAGAUGCGGGGCAUGACGAGUCUACGAGCACUGCACCCGAUCCGGAUGAGCGUUUUGAAUCGAGGGCGUUCUUACCCGAGACGAAAAAUGCAGAAAAGAAUGCUGAAUUAGUCCGUGAGCGGCUUUUACAAGCCAUUGAUGAUGCUCAUUCGAGAGGCUUGUAA